CACACACUCUUUCAGUUUGGAUCAGAGUUGCGUGUGUUCAUGUGUUCACAAGAUGGAUCUGAUAGAUUGUGACGGAGUGAUUCUUACCGCAUUUCAUUCAUUCAGGAUUCACGCGGAUGAACAAAAAUACACACCGGACAACAGGAAAGGGCAGUAUCAGCGUAUAGGCAGCAUGAGUUUGCCCAGGACCAUGACCUCCUCGACCCCGGAGCGCUCCGUGUCACGUGACCCCCGUGAGUGUAUGGAGGACUACUGGAGUGAGAUGAAGACCAUCGAGGAGGACUUUCAGGGAGGACAUGAGGAGAUGAUGGAGAGAGGGAGUGUGGAUGAGGUGGAGCUUGAGGAGGCGUGGCUACAGGAGGCGGGUCUCUCCACGCUGGUGUCGGGGACUCAGAGUGACGGUCCGGCGGAGGCGCUUCUCUCAACGCUCACGCGUUCACAGGCCGCCAUGGUGAAGAAACGUCUGGAUAACUACACGCAGACGCUGCACAAGAGAAACAGACAGCCAAUGAGACACGUGCGAGACGUUUUCUCCACGCCUGACACAUCGUCUGGUGAAUUGACGCUUCCUGUCUCUCCAAACGGACAGAUCGCACCCAAACUGCCUCAGUGGAAUCCUCCUAAAGUUCCUCAGUCAUGUCCACUCUUCUCUCCGGCUGAAAGUAAUGGAUCAGGUGGCGGUUCAGAGACGAUCGUAUUAUCGUUGGAGGUGGCAUAUUCAGAGGGUGUGCGAGCGCAUCGGAAAGGCCGCGAAUGCCAAGACUGCAGGAGGAGCCGUAGAGACGACAGGGAUUUACCUAGUUUUCAGAUGGUGAAGUCCAGACAGGGUGUGACGCGAGUGAACGAUCUGUCAUCCGACGACAUUAAGAAGAUCGGCUACAUCUCACUGAUCGAGCUCACCACCUUCUACGACAUCCUGGGUAUCGAGAUGAAGAGGAACCGUGUGGUGCGCACUAAAGUACGAGAGAGCGGAAUAUUCGGAGUUCCUCUCACCAUACUGCUGGAGAACGACCAGAAGAAGUUUCCUGGAUCCAGAGUUCCACUAGUUUUCAAGAAGUUGUUGUCUAAACUGGAGCAGACUGGUUUACAGACGGAAGGAAUUCUCCGGGUUCCAGGAUCUGCGUCUCGAGUGAAGCACUUGCGUCAGGAGCUGGAUCUGAAGUUUUACGAGGAUCGUUUCGACUGGGAUCAGGUGCGUCAGAAUGAUGCGGCCGGUCUGUUGAAGAUGUUCAUAAGGGAGUUACCGUAUCCGUUACUGACACAGCAACACAUGCCAGCGUUCAGCGCCGCUCAGAAUAUCUCUUCACCCAAACAUCAGAUUCAAGCUCUUCAUCUUCUCAUCAUGCUGCUUCCUGAAGCCAACAGAGACACGCUGAAGGCUCUUCUGGAGUUCCUCAGAAAGGUGGUGGCAUUCGAGGAGAAGAACCGCAUGAGUAUGUGGAACGUCUCCAUGAUCGUUGCUCCAAACCUCUUCACGUUCCGCGGGAAAAAUGCCAAACAUGAGGAGAUGCAGGGGGCGGUCGGCGCGGCACACCUUGUGCGUCUGCUCAUCACCCAUCAGGACCUGCUCUGGAUGGUUCCGUGUUUCCUCAUCUCUCACGUCAGAAAGAUGAACGAAGCAGCUGCAGCGAAGAAAACGCCGACAUCAGAGAAAACCAAACGCAGAUUACUGAAGCGCUGGAACACGGAGAAAGACAGAGACCGCAGUGAGGUCACGGAGCUUCGUGACGGCGUCAUCAGAGUUCACGCGCCGCUUCAUACGAAGGUUUCCAUGGCGAUUCAGCUGAACAGCGAGAUGAAGGCGAGAGACGUGAUGGCGCGAUUUGACGUUGAGAACGGUCGAGGUUCACGCAGCGCCAGUCGACGACAGAAACAGUUUCUGUUUGAGGUCGGAGGAAACAUCGGAGAGCGUUGCCUGGACCCAGACACAUAUUUACUGGAUGUUUACCGUGUUAACCCUCAUUGUGAGUGGGUCCUAAAAUCACGACCUACCUGAAGACAGCCACAGCAGAGCUCUGAACGUGAACUGAAGAACCUAAAGGUCAAAGGUCAUGAACCCCGAGACCAUGAGGACGUUACUGGGGCUGUAGAGACCCUUUACAAGCCCUCAGUAAACAACUUAUGAAGGACUGCUGGAGGUCAGAGGACAAACAACAGACCAGAGGUGAUGCUGCUGCCCUCCUCGCAUCACUAUUGACGGAGUUUUACACGUUCUCCCUCUACAAACGUUUUGUUUCCUGAAUGCAGAACUCUUGAAGUUUCGUGGCACUGACGGUUCAGUGCAGGUCAUUGAGUUGUUUGGUGCCAAAAACUGCGAAGAAGCAUGUUUCAUCACUUUAUAACACUACGGAGUGUAAAAAGAGCAUGUACAUAAUCUAUUUAUACCACUAAUUUAUCCAACUGUAUCAUAACCAUUUUGUAUUGUUUAUAUAUGCUGCAUGUUUGCAAUGAAGCCAUGUGAAACACUACAUGAGCGAAUCUAAUGAAAUCUGUCCAAGUCAUAUUUCUUUCUUUUGAUUUUGGGAUGGAAUAAGAAAUUACAUUUUGGAGAAAGAAAGUGACAUCUGUUUCUAAAACUAGAAAGAUUUUUUUGUAAUGUGACAUUAUUUUCCUGACGAUUAAGAACAUUUCCCAUAAUUCAUUAGAACUGAAAUAAUAUAUAUUAUAAUUAUUUUUAGCAUUACAGUAAAGUAAACAUCAUGGACGUAUUCGCUUACUUUUUUUAUAUUGAUUUUUUAAAAUCCUUGUAAUAGUACAGACACAUUAGAGAUUUGUUUCAAAUGAUAGUGAUGAGAAUUUUGGGGAACAUGUUUAAUUAAAAUGAAAAUAAUGUAAAAACAGAAAAGAAAAUGAAGCACAUUUCAGGGCUGUGAAAAUGAAAUAUGACCUGGACAUGUUUUUGUGAGAUUCACUUACACAGGUGAAUAUUACCUCUGAACUCAAACCAGGCGAAUAUUAAUGCCAACGCCAUCAAACAUUAACUGCAUUAAUGCACAUUUGAAGGAUUCUAGUGUAAACAGAUAUUAGACUGUAUUAUCGUGUGUUUAAAGCCCUGAACACACGUUUACCUUGUGUAUCAUGAACCCUCAAUACUAUAGUAACAAGUGUUUAAAUGAAGGAAAUAGAAGAUAAUUCAAUAACCAAAUGACCUUUGAACUCUGAUUAUAAUCACUAACUUUAACUGCAUAAGGGCGGUCGUGGACUGGGUGUAUUUGAUACUUUGUAACACAUCAAUAUCUGCCAAUAGUAAACCACCAUCAUCCUCUUUGAUGCUCGAAAUUGAAUUUAUAGAAAAGAUCUGUUGAUGAAAAUAGUGCUCUGAUUUCAUUAUUAUUUUGUACUUAAAAGCUUUUGUUUUUUUUAAUGUAAAACAUGUUUGAUGUACUCAAAUGUACCAGUUGAUUUUUAGAGUAACAUUGAGGUUGCCAAUUGAAUUUGUUGAAAAUCACAUUUCCCUCAUUUGAGUGUAAAAAUGUAUUUCAUGCAUCAUGAAGUUCAUUGAGUCAGUAGUCUGUCUGUUAUGAGAUUAUUCAAUUAUUCUGUUGGUCUUUAAUCAAUUUUGACUGAUGAAUUCAUUUAUAACUACAAACAAAUACUGGUACUUUUGUCUUAAGAAUGUUUAGAUAGGGCCUGUGUAUCUCAGCGAGUAUUGGCGCUGACUAUCACCCCUGAAGUCGCCAGUUUGAAUCCAGGGUGUGCUGAGUGAAUCCAGCCAGGUCUCCUAAGCAACCAAAUUGGCCCGGUUGCUAGGGAGGGUAGAGUCACAUGGGGUAACCUCCUUGUGGUCGUGAUUAGUGGUUCUCGCUCUCAAUGGGGUGUGUGGUAAGUUGUGCAUGGAUUGUGGAGAGUAGUAUGAGCCUCCACAUGCUGUGAGUCUCCGCGGUGUCGUGCACAACGAGUCACGUGAUAAGAUGCACGGAUUGACGGUCUCAGAAGCGGAGGCAACUGAGACUUGUCCUCCGCCACCCGGAUUGAGGUGAGUAACCGCGCCACAACAAGGACCUACUAUGUAGUGGGAAUUGGGCAUUCCAAAUUGGAGAGGAAAGGGGGAUAAAAUAAAAAGUCAGAAACAUACUAAAUGUUCUCCUCGCUUUGACUAAAUAACUGUCACUGCAAACCAGUCACUAUUUGUAGCCUAGUUUCAUCAAAACCAAAUAAGUCUUGGUCAACCCCAUUCACAACAUAGUUGUGUCACAGUAAGCAUUAUGGAAAACAUGUAGCCAUAUCAUAGUCUUUGACAGUGCACAGGAUGUUAAAUAUGUACUACUCCAUGACUAGUCAACAUUUGGCAUCAUUCAUGUUGCAAUAUUUGGGUGAGCCAACAGGCUUUCAUUCUGAAAAGCUCAUAUCAUUAAAAUGAUGAAACAGUGAAAUGA